CUUUCCUUCCGCUCUCAAGCGCCUUUUCUCUUCUUCUUCACAAACUUCACGCCUUUCCUCCCUCCACCCCUCUUCUUCUUCCUUUCUUUGUUGUUUUCAUUUUUCUUCAACUCCCCUCCUCCAAAUCCAUAUUUUUAGAGAAAUAUUCGUCCUGGAAAACCCAACAAGCUGUCCAAAUCGGUUCAACAAAUGACCUCUUUAAAAUACACUUUCGACUGUGAAAUAAACGACCGCGAGAGAAGGAAUUAGGACGAAUGACAAGAUUACGGACUCAAUGCCCAGUUCUUUUUUUUUGAACCACAUUUUUAUCUCAAGACAUUGAGCCUGAGGAUGAAAUAUGGUUUGAUGUGAAGUUGGCUUCUUUGUUUUUGGAGCGUGUGAAGUUGGGUUCUUUGUUUCUGGUCCAUUGCUGUCUGCUAGCCAGGGAUCAGCCAACAAGAAUCCAUCCGGAUUAUUUGCGGCUAGUGGAUGACUUCAAGUUGUUUAAGUCUUGCCCGUGGUCACUGGAGUCAUAUAAGGACUGUGUAGUGUGUUGUUAUAUGUUUGUGCAUUUUUUAGUUGUCUAUAUGGUUUUCCUUAGAUGUCUUUGUAGUUUGUUGUUAUACGUUUGUGCUUUUUUGAAGUGUCUAUAUGGUUUUCCUGAGAUGUUUGUGUAGUGUGAUGUUAUACGUUUAUACACAUGCAAUUCUCUGCUCAGCUGAUCCAUUUGUUGUUAUUGCGCCUUGUGCGUGACCAGCCUGAGGAUGAAAUAUGGUUUGAUGUGAAGUUGGCUUCUUUGUUUUUGGAGCGUGUGAAGUUGGGUUCUUUGUUUUUGGUCCAUUGCUGUAUGCUAGCCAGGGAUCAGCCAACAAGAAUCCAUCCGAAUUAUUUGCGGCUAGUAGAUGACUUCAAGCUGUUUAAGUCUUGUCCGUGGUCACUGGAGUCAUAUAAGGACUGUGUAGUGUGUUGUUAUAUGUUUGUGCAUUUUUUAGUUGUCUAUAUGGUUUUCCUUAGAUGUCUUUGUAGUUUGUUGUUAUACGUUUGUGCUUUUUUGAAGUGUCUAUAUGGUUUUCCUGAGAUGUUUGUGUAGUGUGAUGUUAUACGUUUAUACACAUGCAAUUCUCUGCUCAGCUCAUCCAUUUGUUGUUAUUGCGCCUUGUGUGUGACCAGCCUGAGGAUGAAAUAUGGUUUGAUGUGAAGUUGGCUUCUUUGUUUUUGGAGCGUGUGAAGUUGGGUUCUUUGUUUUUGGUCCAUUGUUGUCUGCUAGCCAGGGAUCAGCCAACAAGAAUCCAUCCGGAUUAUUUGCGGCUAGUGGAUGACUUCAAGCUGUUUAAGUCUUGUCCGUGGUCACUGGAGUCAUAUAAGGAGAUGGUGAAGAGCCUAAAAAAGACGAUGCAAGGGCAGCCAAAGUUUGUCUCUGGCGAACCUAUAAAAUAGUUUAUAUUUUUUGCUAUUGUCUAUCUAGGUCGUUGUAAAUAUUCAUAUGGAAAUUGUAUAUGGAAGAACUAUGGAAAUUGUAUGAAUACAACAUUCUAUAAGAUUGAGUAUGGAAAGUGUUGAGG